AGCGUUUUUUUGUCCCGAGGAUCUUAUUAGCGACUUUGCUACACUAUGUUUUUGUAUAUUCUGUAGCUGAGGAUUUGAAGUUUAUUGUGUGGUGUUUGGAGUAUUUGGGGUCUUCAUAAGACACAGUUAAGUGAAAACAAAAUAUAGCUGCAAGCGAAAUAAAUCACCGGGAAAAUGUCAUCGGAGGAGUUUGAAAAGUUGCAUGAGAUAUACAGAUCUCUAUACGACGAACUGAAACUGAUGCCAGACCGAGCUUCGCGAUGUCACGGAGAGGAAAAGAAGCGGUUGGUGAGACUCUUCGAUGAGAGAUUUGGAGAGGCAGAAGAAGUGCUGCAGGGCAUGGAUAAGGAGUUGCUCGGUGCUCCCUCAACCUUCCGAAACGCAAUGACCACCAAGAUCCGCCUGUACCGCAGAGACUUGGGCAAGUUACAGCGUGACAUGAAGAGCACUGACCUGGGACUUGGGUUCCCAGGUCGCUUAGGAGACGGCAGGCACAGUGUCUAUGCAUCUCAGAAUGAACAAAGUACACAGGUGCAGUCACAGCGUGCCCUGCUACUCCAGGGCACAGAGUCUCUGAACAACGCCUCACAGAGCAUUGAGCGCAGCCAGCGCAUCGCUGUGGAGACUGACCACAUUGGCAGGGACAUCAUCGAGGAGCUGGGCGAGCAGAGGGAGCAGCUGGACCGCACCCGGGAUCGGCUGGUUCACACUGGAGAGAAUCUCAGCCGAAGUCGCAAGAUCCUGCGCUCCAUGUCCCGCAGACUGGUGACAAACAAGCUGCUGCUGUCUGUCAUCAUUCUGAUGGAGCUGGCCAUCCUGGGUGCGGUGGUCUACCUCAAAUUUUUCCGGAGUAAGUAGAGCUGCGUCAUCAGGUGAGAUACAGACUGCAUUCCAGGAAUCUCCUCCUCGAUUUCCUUCUCCACCCUGUGGUCUCAUUGAGCUUGCCAGCACAUGACUGUGAGACUGGAAUGCCAGCAACCCAAGAAACAUAGCAACACCUGCAAGCCUCACAGGAAACCCAGAUAAGGACAAGAACAAAUUGGAUGUUUUGUUGUGCGAGACUGGCAGCCCCUCCGCCUCCAUGAACCUUGCCCAAGGCCGCAGGGGCAGAGAACUUGAUGGUGUCUGCCGCUGACUGAAGAUCAGUCUUAACAGUCUGGACUGGAUUUCCCGCCUCCCCGCCUCAUUGUUGUCUCCUGUGGCGCUGCAGCCUUGAAAUGCUGAAUGAAGUUUCUGAUAAAGAACUGAACUCGUUCCCCUCCUCUGACAUACAUCCAUGAUGCUGAGCCCACCGCUGCUCAGCCCCGCUAAUGCGUCCCUCCCGCUUCUUGCACUUGCUGAAUUGCUCAACUCGUGAAGCCACAAGGAGAAACUGCUACUCUUGUUGAAAUGGGGGAGUGUACAUAACGAAGUGCACAUGGUUUAAUAGUUUAAUUAAUAUGAACUAAGCUAAAUGUAUAGUAUACUGACUGGAAAUCUUAAUUUUUUUCAUUGAAUGAUAUACCAGAACAGUUCCUGUGAAGGAGGGUACAGUAUAUGCGUUUUGCUGUUGAAGUACGACCACUAAUAUAAAUAUUGUGUAUGAUAUAAACAUGGUGUUGCCCUCGGUGUGUUUGUGACAGUUCCCAUUCUUGUCUAUGGUAAGUGUGCUGUGGUUUUCGCUGAACACAGCACUGACGCAGAACCACGGUUAUAAACAGAAAUAAAUUGGGCAAUAGCUGUGAUAGCAGCAGCAUUUGUAUCAUAGAUUAGUCAUGUUGUGCAGUCGGCAGCUACUUAUCAAAGGCUUGUAGACAAGU